GAAGAAUACAACCAUUCCGGAAAGAUCAAGCGCCCCCUCAACGCCUUCAUGCUGUACCGCAGGUCGUACCAGAACAUUGCCAAGGCGUAUUGCAGCAAGGACAACCAUCAGCAGGUGUCAGCGAUUUGCGGGCUCUCAUGGAGGAACUUGGAGCAACCGGAAGUCAAGCUCGCGUUCAAGGACCUAGCUGACGUCGAGAGGAGGAAGCACGGCGAGGCUUUUCCCGAGUACAAGUACGACCCCCUGCAUUUGAAGAAAGGAGAGGACAAGCACUCGCCCAUUUCUCUC